CUGGCUGUCUCUUUGCUGGUGCACGGCCCUCUCCUGCGCGCAGCUCUCCAUCAUGACGUGACUUGGGAAGGUGUGAAGCCUCACGUGUUGUUCGCAAGUUGCGUUGCUGCCUUCUGAGAUACCGAUUGCGAUGUGGCACUGGCCCACAAUGGCGAGCAGGACAUGCUCUUCUCCAGUGAGCCUACAUGAGGGAGCGAUGACGGUGGACGCGCGACGGCGGCGCGCCAAGUUUAAUUAUCCAACAUUGAGCGGCCACCACCACUACCAACAACCUAAUCUGCUUCGACCUCGGAACCACACCCUUCCCCCGUCCUUCGUCGACAGCGAGCGAGAGUGGCUUGCGGACGCACCUCUGGACAAUUUCAUCACGAAUGUACGCUGCCUAGCUCGCGAUUGAUGCGUAGCUGAUUGACGGGCAUUCAAGGUCAAGCGACGAAUGAGCGACCCAAUCCCUAUGCGAGACCUCAAUGCCGCCGCACAGGGUGGCCAUAGCUGGAACAGCUCGCUGAAUCAAGGGACGAGGGACGACGACAUGACACCCAUGUCUGCGCUGCCACCGCGCUCGUCCUCGGCGCCACGGUGGGGCUGGCGCCCUCUCCAGCGCCAGGCCGUUUCCUUGUUUCUCUUUGGCCUGCUCAACAACAGUCUGUACGUGGUCAUCUUGACUGCAGCUCUGGAGCUUCUGCCAAAGGGCGUCCCCACAGGCGUCGUUUCCUUUGCCAACAUUGCGCCCGCACUCAUCGCAAAAGCAGUCUGGCCUUACGUUCUCCGGGGCAGGGUCCGCUAUGCGAAGCGGAUAUGGAGCUGUGUCGCCAUGAGCCUCUGGGGCAUCUUGGUCGUGGCCCUCUGGCCCGAGCUCUGGACGAGGCUACUGGGCAUCUCGCUCGCCUCCUUCUCGUCGGGCCUCGGCGAGCUCACCUUUCUCCAACUGAGCACUCGCUACGGCCAGAAGGGGGCGGGUCGAGCCAUUGGCUGGUUCUCGAGUGGUACGGGUGCCGCCGGUCUCGUCGGCGCGUCUGCCUGGUGGAUCGUGCGACCGAUGGGCGUCAAGGCAGGGCUCAUCACUCUCAGCUUCAUUCCCGUCCUUAUGGGCAUCACCUAUGCGUUCAUCCUCCCCAGCCCCGAGGCCGUCAGAGCAGAGCUGGAGCAAGAAAAGGAAGACGGUUACACGCUCGUUUUUGAUAACGAGCAUGUCGAUGAUGGUGGACAGGAGCCCGUUGACGACGUUCGUGUCAACGAAGAGGCGCAAGGUGAGGGCAGGAGGGGGUUCAAAGGCGCACGGAAAUCGACAGACGACGAGGAGAGGAGAGAGGACGAGGCGGAAGACGCCGCCCUCCUCGCCGUCUCGCCGCAUGCCUCCAACAUCAGCUCGGACGGAAGCGAUCUUCAGCAGCAGGCGCGCACGUCGGUCAAGCUGUCUGCUCGGGACAAGCUGCACCUCAUCAAGCCCAUGUUCUUCGUCUACAUCUUUCCCCUGGUCCUUGUUUACUUUUUCGAGUACACAAUCAAUCAAGGAAUCGCACCCACGCUCCUGUAUCCGUUACCGACAAGAGCAGAGCACCCGCUGCUGUCGCUGAUGAUCAAGCAGCUCAAAGACUACUAUCCACUCUACCAACUGACCUACCAGACAUUCGUCUUUCUCUCUCGGUCGUCGAUCUCGAUCCUUCACUUGCCCGCCAUCCCCAAGCGGUAUCUCUGGGUGCCCGCAGUGCUCCAAGGCCUGCUCAUGCUCGUCCUUGCGACAGAAAGCCUCUACGCCUGGUUCCGAGCAAGCAUCGCGAGCCCGCUCGUCAUUGUCCUCGUGUGCGUCGAAGGCCUGGCCGGCGGUGGCGCCUACGUUUCGGUCUUUUACCAGAUCGGUACCGAGGACGACGAAGCGGCGGUCCGGCUAGGAGAGGGAGACGAGAUUGGCGGCGAGAUGAGGGGCGAAGAAGGGGCCGAGGCAAGAGCGCAGGCGGAAGCGAGGCGAGCGCAGGAGCACGAGUUCCGCAUCGGCUGUGUCGGCGUCGGCGACACGCUGGGUAUCCUCAUUGCUUCGCUCCUCUCGAUGCCUCUGCAGGUUGGUUUGUGUGAUGCACAAGUGCGCUCGGGCAGAGAGCUGUGCAAGCAGGUGUAGAGGACAGGGCCGGAUACCGCCUUCUUCUUGCAAUAGAGAAGAGAGAUGCGAUCAC